CAGUGGGGAGGUGAGGCAAAUAAUGGCGAGAGCAAGAGGAGAAAUAACAUUUUGAUUAAUUUUAUACAUCUAGAGGCCAUUAUCCACCAAGUAACAUCACAUGAGACCAGAAGGCAUGGCAGGAUGUGCAAAAUAGCCCUUUUGAAAAGCAAAGGUGCGAUAGGUAUGCUGAGAGAGAACUUGAUCAACAUCAAGGGGCACCUUUUCAACACUUACUCUACACAUACAGGGCAUAACUUACUGACCUCUUGCAGUGUUCAAAAGAGAACUUAACAAGCACCUUCAAAGGAUACCUGAUCAACCAGGCUGUGACUUGUACAUCAGGCUGCAAAUUGCCACAUCAAACAACCUGGUUGAUUAGACCAGCAACCAGGAGGCAUGGUCAGAGACCAGGCUGCAGGGGUGUUGAUCCUCGGAAUCAUCAACAGGACUAGGCUGAUGGGUGAGCCAGUUGUGAGCCCGGGCCGAUCAUCACAGCUGUGGGACCAACAAGCUAAGGGUAUUGGUCAAACAGUAAACAGCCCGCCAGUCACUGCUCUUGGUCAUCACCCACCAGGCGUUGUACACCCACCAUCUUCCUUUGCAUCUGUUGCACACCUUUGUCAUUCCCAAGUUAGCGAGGUUGGGUGCAGCAACGAGAACGAGGUACAGCGGUGUGACUCAGAAGCUAUAAAGUUAGAACGUGGAGGCUCUAGUGGAACUGGGGGCGCUUACUACCCUGGCCUCCCUCCACAGCAUCCCCAGGCUAUGGAUGACGUGUCUCCUCCCUCUGGUAGUGGUGCAUUUUACAGCGGACCGCAACCAUAUCGCCCUCCUGAUGGGUAUUAUGACCUGCUAGGUGGGUUGGGUGCAGCCAGCCCAGCACAGUAUACAACGCCUGGAUCUGGAUCAGCUUUACCCGCUGGCCCUCCCACACCAUCUAAAGUGGAACCACCUAAUUAUGUCGAGACAUCCCACACACCUCUCACCUAUGCAGAAGCUGCUGCUCCAAUGGAUUUUAGUAGUAACCCUCCUGGUUUAGGCUUCAGUAGUGCUCCUUCGGCUGCAUAUGGAGCUGCUUCAGAUUUCACUGAUGCCCAAGGUUAUUCUCAAACAACAACAAAUCCGCUGAGCCUUUUAAGUGAUGUUGCAUUAGGAGGCGAUGCAAGCAGUAGUAGCAGCACACACAGUGGCAGUAGUGAAACAGGUAGUAAUAGUAGUAGUAGCAGCAGUAGUAGCAGCAGCUCAGGGUCAUCAUCAUCUAGUGGAAGUAGUGGCUGUGACAGAGGAAACAGUGAACUUCGAAGAAAGCGUGUACAUAGUGCAGGGGCGGAAGGUACCCGAGGGAAGACCCAGAGAGGAAGGGUUGAGCCACGCAGAGGUGGGUGGAGUAGUUCUCAUCCUCUACAACAGGAUGACGAUACUGAAGAUGAAGAGGGAGAAAUGUCUGAUGCACGAGGGGUGAGACACAAGGUUGAUGAUGGGCCCACUGCACCAGACUUGCAGUUGGACUGGGUUUCUUCUUCAGACUCUGAUUCCGACACAGACUCGUGUAUAGAAGUAGUAAGUGUACAGCGAGGAGCUAGGGACAAUCGUGCUGUGGAUGUAGUUGAUCUGACCAAUGAAAGUGAUGAUGAGGUAUUAGUGGCAAGUGCUGGACCACCUUUGCCUCCACCUGUUGGAAUAUCUCAUCCAGCUCCCUCGUCUUCAUGUGCUGUAGCUUCUUCCAGCGGGUAUGGAAUAUCUCCAGUAUUGGGUAGAUUACCUACUGCUACCCAUACUGCUACUAGUGCAGUUGGAUUAUGCCGUGGUCAUCAUGCUUCUGAACCGAGCCAAGCAACUACUUGCUCAUGCCCUCGUGGCCCAACGUUAGGUUCCAUAGGCCUUAGUGCCAGUGGUGCUGCCAGCUUCACCAUGGAUCAUCAUGGGAACUGUUAUGGGGCUUGUUUACAUCCCCACCAUUCACCUCAUCACCACCACCACCACCACCACCACAGUCUGGCACCUAGUCAGGGCCAUCACCACCACCACCACCACUAUUACCCACCUGAGUCUCCACUUUAUUACUCCGCGCUUCCUGCACAUCCUUUGUUUCCACCAUAUCCCCCAACCUCAUUGACUUCAACUGCUUCAUAUCCGACCCAUCCAUCGCUAUCUAGAUUAAACCCCAUUCACCAAAGGAUAUGGCAUAGUCAGCAGCGGUAUCAAGAAUUGCAAAGACGUUGCUUGGAUCCCCGCCUCCGUGAACCCCUGGCUCAAUCGAUGGUUAGAGCAGGAACUCUCACGCAAGAAAUUGGCCCACUCACCCACGCUGGGGCUGCAGCUACAAGUUUGGCCUCGCACACUUCCCAUCAGCCAGUUACUUCCCAGACUUCGACUACCUCCACCAGCAGUGAACAACAGGUCCCACCCCAGACCAGCUCUCCCUCAGCUCCUACACCCAUGGACAUCCAGUCAACUCCAAAUGCUGCUCACUCUGCAACACACAUAGCAGCACACCACCUGCACCAUCACCCAGGAAUGGAUGUUCUCAUGCAUAAUGCUCACACUCACAGAACCUUGUUUGCCCUGGGAACUCCCCUCCAAGGGGGUGGCCACGACAGAGACGCCUCCAGGCAGCCCUGUCCAAACAUGAUCUGCGAGGGCGGUGGCCUGUAUGGGCACAUGUAUGGUGCUGUACCGCCUGCCCACAUGUCCAUGCCUGCAGCUGCCGCUGCUGCUGCAGCUGCAGCAGCGGCAGCAGCUGCAGCAGCAGCCGCAGCAGGAGACCCAAGACACUUACCAAUGCCAGGUCCUGGCUUGCAUAUAAACAUUGGAGGGGGUUCCCAGUUACCAUUAGACCUCUCCUUACCCCCCACUCUCACGCCUGAACUGCCUCCUCCACCUAGACUCACCUACAUACCUCAGCUUCCAUUAUUCCAACGAGGUUCUGCAUUUCCUCGGUUGGAAGAUUACAUGCGUGUAGUUGACCAUCGGCGCCUUCCUGUAGUUACCCGUGGAGCAACACAGAACACAAUAGAACGCAACACGUUCCCUCACAAAUACAAGAAGAUGAAACGUGCAGAUGUUACUGAAGAUGGUUUAGAAAAAUGCACCAUUUGCCUGUCUGAGUUCGAGGAGGAAGAAGAUGUACGAAGGCUUCCGUGCAUGCAUCUUUUCCAUAUAGAGUGUGUUGACCAGUGGCUAGCAACUAACAAACGCUGUCCUAUCUGUAGGGUGGAUAUUGAAGCUCAUCUCACCAAGGACUACACGGCCACAUCUUCAUGAAAUCAAUACUCUAGUAAGAGUGGAAUAUCUUGAAGCCACCCCAUUCAUGCCAUUGUGCUUGUGAGGUGACAGUGGAAGACUUGAUCAAUCCUUCCUCUGGACCCUGUAGAGCAUGUUCAUACUUUCUACAAGUUACAUGUCCUAAAAACAGUUCCACAGCACAAAAUAUCUGGUUGAUUAGGGGAAGAUUUCCCACUUACUAGAGGUCUGCAAGAAAAAGUACAUGAAAUGGCUUAUUUCAACUGAUGUAAAUCCUCGUUUAGGGCUAGAGUUAAGAGAGUAUGAAGUGGCGCAUGGAUAUACGGUGCCUCGUGCAGGCAUGAUCCUCAGUGCAUGGAGCAGGACAAGCUUCUGCUGGACCUUAUUAUAGUAACCAGCUUCAGGGACAUUGCUUGUAUCUUCAGUACUGUGGAGAAUCCUACCUACUGUGUCAGUGCAAGAACUUAUGGUAUAUACUGUAUAGUAAUUCAGAAUGUUAUAAUUCUCCCAUUAAAACAGAAACAGUAAAUUGUGUGUGUAUACAUACACAUGCUUGCACGCACGCACAUGCACACACAUAUAAUGCCAGUAAUGGGUGAAAUAGCCAAACUGCAUACAAUUCUCAUUUUAAUCCAAAUUGUUGUAACUAUUAUUUUUCAGAAGUUCUACACUAAACAACACUGACAGCUUAACCGGAAUUUACACUUGAACUAUUUGGCAUAACUGGUAAUGCAUGAUUUGGCAUAGUCAUCAUGUAGUGAUAUAAUUAAAUAUUGUUGUCUUUCCCACAACUACACAGGCUUCCUUUUAAAUUAUAGCAAGGAAAUAAAUGGCAGUAUUCCUCUUAUUUUGCAAAAAAUAGGACUUUUAUGCAAGGCUUAAAUGGCAGGUUUCGCCUAUUUAUAUACAGUACGUAUUUGUGUAUUAUGUGUAUACAGAGAAGUGACUGGAAUGAACCAAAAUAUUCUACUGGUGUACAUAGGUGGCUGAUGAUGUAAGUUUUAAGAUAUAAUUUAAAAUUGGAUAUGUGGAUAAUGGUUUAUGGCCAGUUUUGAGAUGGUUAACCAUAUAUGUGUAUGUGCUGUACAUAUAUGCAUAUAUGCGUAUUGUAUACAUGUACAUGAAAUAUUCAUACCUAAUAAUACAGUAUAUACAUUACACAUAUGAUACACAUAUUACAGGCAGUGAGUCACUGUAUAAAUUACCAACAUAUCUUCCAUAUCUUAAUAAGAUUUGGGAUCAUUUCUUGCAUUGUCUGCUAAUGCUACUUGUAUAAAAGUUGUUAAAAGUUGGCCAAAGUAGUCCGUAGAGUUGCCCUUGUCUUCGGAGGAUGCAAAACCAGUUAGUGUGUGUGUGGUGCAAUAGCAAGGGUAUGAGAUUGUGUAUAGAGGCAUGGUUUUAGCAUGUGUCGAUAAUACACAGUAGUAGGCAUGGUACAUUUUGUGGGAAUGUCGCAAGGCAUGUUAUUUUAUGGGGGCACGCAUUUUGAAAAGUGCAAAAGGUGUAUGUACUGUCGCCAAAUCAUAUUUGAAACGGGUGUAUUCUUAUGAAGAAAAGCAUGGCUAAACUGGAAUGGGGGCAAGACAGAACACUGGCAGUAGUCUGUAUAGAUGUUGGAGCCAAGUUCAGUAAACUGGAUAGAUAGGGCAUUUGGCGCUCUGCAUUGAAGAAGGAACAGCCUCCAUAUUCUUUUAACCAGGUGUAAAUAUUGGAAUGAUGUAGUUAACAGAAUGUUUCGUUAGCUCUAGGCUGCUAAGUUUUUUGAUUAAGUAAGGUAUUUAUAUUGACGUUUGGAAUUUGUAUAAUUCUGUGUAAUAUCAGACUUAUCUAAGGCGGAAAGAGGAAACUAUUUGAGAUGUGAUUCACAAGAGGUUAUUUUUUCUUCAUUUUCUUACCUGUUUCCUAGGGAUUGGGAUUAAGCCCCGUUAGUCCCCACACACUCAGGUAUGGUGCAGAAAUAGUCAAGUAUGCCGUAGAUAUGCCACCAGUGUGAAUGUUUGCCACCUCAAGGACUUGGUGCACGUCUUAAGACUGACAGCGGAGUUCUUGUAUAUUUAUGAUGAGUGGUUUGAAUGUGAUAUGUUUAACAUAAAGUUUGCAUGUAGUACACAUUUUAUUUUAUUAUCUUGUGAUUGUAUAUUUUUACCUUUUAUCCUGUAUUGUGGUGAAGGUUGAAAGGAUUUCUUAUGACUUUACCUGUAACCUUUCAUCUUUGUGAUAAUGACUUUAUUAUUUGUCUUUUAAGUGGUUAUAAUAUACUACCAUCAACAAAGUUUAUUUAAAAUUUUAUAUUAUUCCCAAGAAUUGUAAUUGUUUACCAUGAAACACAUCAAUAGAAUGGACUUGCUCUUCUGUUUGACUGAUAGAUUGUCACGUUUGCAUCUCCAUAUUUGUAUUUGAGCCAAUGUUGUACCUGUUACAGUUUAGUAUCAUUUCUCUCCUUCAUUGCUGUGUUAUUUUUGGCUUGAAACAUGGCAACAGUCACUGCAGACAAGCAUUAGUGGCAUCUUGCCUAGUUCUGCAGAAAAUGUUCAGGUAAGACUGAAUAUCAGUUGAACCAUCUCAUAGGUGUGGCUGCCUUGAAUUGCAUACAGCCACAAAACAAGGUUGAAACCUUGUGUAAAUAAUCGAAUGGUCAUUUUACCCCUAAGCUGCGCAAUACUUACAUGGCGAUGGGAUCGGAAACUCAGUUUUUCAAACUUGCUCAAACGCUUUCAAAUUUUUUGUUCAUAAUCUACUUAGGCAAAUGCUCCAACUUUGUCUAAAUAAUCACCAACGUAACUUGAAAAAAUAAGAAAAUAAAAAAUAAUUAUCAAAUUGAAUAUUGAAAAUUAGCUUAAAAAAUAUCACAUUGUUCAUUUGGUGUUAUUAUGCUCUCAGAAUAGCAUAUGAUCUUCAUUUUCAUAGAUUGAGAACAUAGGUUUUCAGUAUACCCCAGUAGUUUGCUGUAAAAAAAAUUGUCGAUAUGGCAUUUGAAAUAUGCGCCAAAUUUAGACAACAAAAAAUUUAACUCCAAACAGUUAGAUUUUAGGAAAAAUCAAAUCUCCAGGAUUGUAGAACAGCUGUGCACGUUACAUGUAAAAAUGAUGAGAAUCGGUCAGAAAUUUGAUUUUUGAAGCUGACUUGAAUUUGAAAUUCUAGUUACAGAUAUAAUUGAAGUUAUCGACAAUGAAUAAGGUUGCUCUAAUUCGUUAAUUUACUUGAAUGUUUUAAUAAACACUGUUUGGUACUCGUACUCGAAUAUGUGAAAGUUGUAGGUCAAUGUGUUGAAAUGAAAUCAAGAAAAACUAACCUCCCAAAAAACAAAAUAUAGGGAUAGUUAUAAUGAUUUAAGGGAUAUAUAUGUAUACUUUAUAUAAGUGAUAAAACCCUAAUCAAAACAACCUAAAGAGUCAAAGAAAAUAAGAAUUUGUAAUCAGUGAAAAAAUAGCCAAAAAAAAAUCAUAGUGCCAAAUUCUGCCAGUUUUGACUGAUUUAUUUGUUGACCAAUUUCAUUCUAUCUUCACAUAGUUAGGGACGGGUAUACACUCUCCAGGAUGUAGAGGUUACAGCAAGAUCAGAUAAUAAACAAAGGAGACAAAAAAAAAAAAAAAAAAAAAAAAAAAAAAAAUCUAAAAAAAUAUUUUUUGGACAAUGGUGAAAGUAACAUAUUAACAUUGGGCAAUGUAUUUAUAUGAUUUAUAACACCAAUGCCCAAAAAAUAUUUUCUUAGGGUAUUUUUUUUUUAAUUUGUUUAUGUUGUUAUGAGCAUAAUAACAUACUCAUUAUUAUUUGUGAUAUUGUUUAUUACUCAGCAAUGUUAUAAAGGCAGCAGCUGCGUAUCCACUUUGUGGACACUUCUUACUACUAUUCUUUGUGCGUCAGACAGGUGCUUGCAUCUCUUUAUUACUGCAUAAUCCCUCAGUUCCAGUUAAUAGGAGCUGUUCUUAUCAACAAAACUUUCUUGAAAAAAAAAUUGUCUAAAAUCCAUUUCUGAAAAUAUUGGGAUGAAGCUUUCACAACGCUGAAGCCAAUAAGUUGGAGAUUUGUUUAACAUUUAUAAGUAUUUUUCACGUGAUUCGACUAUUUUUUAGUUUCCCGGCCCCUUAAUUAAGGCUGUAGCAGCUUGGGGGUUAAUGCUAAAGAUGUCAUUUUGUCUUUAAAAUAUAACU